GAGAGGGGCGCGCGCGCGGGAACGGGCCCAAAAGUUGCGGCUCACUUUUAAAAAGUCCGCCUCGAGGUUGGAAGCCAGGCGGGUUGUCGUUGGCGUUGCAAAGAUGGUGCGGACCAAGGCGGACUGCGGGGGAACCAGCGGAGCCUACCGGAAAGUGGUUGCUGCAAGGGCUCCACGGAAGGUACUUGGCUCUGGAAGUGCUAAUAUAACGUCAUCUCCUCCCUCACGGAAAGGAGAGAGCAAAUACGCUGGUGGCAAUCCAGUCUGUGUGAGGCCAACACCACCAUGGCAAAAAGGAAUAGGUGAAUUCUUCACUCAGUCCCCAAAGCACUCAGAGAAGGAAAACCAUAUUUUGGAUGAUGAAGAACCAGGAUGCAGUGGAAUAGGAACAAGUAGUUGAAAGAUUUGUCCCCUGCUUCCCUAUAUGGACCCCACAGAAGAUGACCAAAACUCACUUAGGUUCACUUCUGCUGGGAGAUCUUGGCAAGCUCUUAUAAUGACACUGUGUACACUUAUGUAUAUAUAUUCUGAAUGCUUUGAGUAAAGGCUUUAUAAAAGCCUCCUAGGCUGUUUUGUUUACUAAAAUGACCUAAAACUUGAAUAACGAUUAAGGGAAUAGAAAUCAAUAUUUCCUGGGAGCUUAGGUACUGAUAAGCAUCACAAUGCUUAGUAGAUAGAGAAUUUACGUUAAAUGCUAUUUGCUUCUUUAUGCACUUACUAAAGUUUGUGCCAUAUGACUGUUAAUAAACUUUUUGUAAAAAAAAAAA